CUAUUUAUCAUGAUGCUCCUACUAAUGCUAAAAAUCUAUAUCAUAAAGAUGGUGCUAUGAAAAUGAUUAGAUGUCUUAGUGAUUUGGUUAUGCGUAAAAAAUCUAGUGUUGCUUAUCUUAUAGAAGGUUUCCUUACUACUCAUGUGUUUUCUGAAUUUCAAAGUUCUUAUCCAUUUUUAAGAGAUAGGGCAUGUGAUAUGAUGAUCAGGUUUGAUAGUUUGGAUUUUGAACAAGAAUCAAAUUUAGGAAUAGCAUUUCAAGGAAUUACUAAUUGUAUGCGUGAUGAAGAACUACCAGUAAAAGUUCAAGCUUGUUUAGCUUUGCAAAGCAUGAUACGACAUGAAACAG